AACAUACUCUUCUCUACGACGACGAUGGAAAACAGCCGAGAAUGGAAGUAUGGAUUCUGGGAUUGCUGCUCUCCCUUCAAGACUUGUUGCUUUGCUUUUUGGUGCCCAUGCUGUCUCUAUGGUCGUACUGCCUCACGACUUAACAACCCAACUUUAAAGGAACAUACUUUUUUUAAUCAAGAUUGCUGUUUAUAUUAUUUGGCUAGCUGCUGUGGUUUGAGCUUUAUCCCGUUAAUGAUGAAACGGGCCAGAUUGCGUGCAAACUUUGAGCUAGAGGGUUCGAGCUGUGGUGACUGCUUUAAAUCGUGUUGUUGUUCAAUUUGUACUUUGAUGCAAAUGGAAAAGGAGGUUAAAAGCCGUUCGGAGCUGUUAGAAACAGAGGGCUAUCAGGUACCGGCAGAUAUGAGGUAUGGAUGA